CAACACUGCAUGAGAUAAUUUCUAGUCGUCCUAUCGCUAUGCGUGGAGUUGUCUGUGCUUCAGGGACCUCCUUGCAUGUCAGUCGACCUCCGCCGCUGCACGCUGUGGACUUCCAAGGUUCUUAAAUAUCCGCCACGUGCCUGCCAUGCACAGCGUCCUGGGCAAUCACACCUUCCUUCCAACAGCCUGAGAAAUCAUGAGGGUGCUUCUGUGUCUGCAGCUGUGGAUCGCGGCCAUCUCUGCGCUCGCUCUGAGGGCUUCUUCUAUCGCUGCGGACUUGCAGUCGUUGGUUUCGUCUUCUCCCGUCUCCGUCGAGCUGCGAGCGAGAUGGAGCUCUUACAAUGCACCGCUCCCAUCCGUCGUCGUCAAUGCGACCAGUGAGAAAGAUGUCGCGGCCGUGGUCAAAUACUGCGCGAAGAACAAAAUCCCGUUCCUUCCGCAGAACGGCGGCAAUGGAUGGGGUAAAACCUUCAACCUGGGCACCAACGGCGUCCUGCUCAAUCUGGCCGGCCUCAACCAAGUCACCAUCGCCAAGGACAAGAAGUCAGCCGUCAUCGGCGGCGGAGCGAUCAUCAACGACACCAUCAGAGCAGCGAAUGCCGCCGGCGCAUUGGUCCUAACCGGCAAUUGCAACUGCGUGGGCACGCUUGGAGCACUCCUCGGUGGCGGCUAUGGCAACAUCAUGGGCGAGCACGGCUUCGGCGUCGACAACGUUAUCUCGAUGCGGGUCGUGACUGCAGCCGGAAACAUCCUCACCGUCUCGAGCACAUCUAACCCGGACCUAUUCUGGGCGCUUCGGGGCGCGGGACCGAACUUCGGCGUCGUGACGUCUGCAACCGUGAAGGCCUGGCCAGCUACGACUCAGGACCGGACGUCCUGGCUCAUGACGCUGGUCUUCGCGCCCGAGCAGCUGACCCAGGUGGCGCAAGCAAUCCAAGAUCUUCCCCUGGCCCCCGCGCAAAACGUCUACCUGUACCUCACGAAUUCGGGCGACGCAUCCAACUCGCCGGCAGUAGUCGUCACAGGCUUCCUGCGCAAAGGAACGGAAGCAGCCGGACGCACCGCGUUUGCUCCCUUAUAUGCUCUCGGGCCCCUUGCGAACUCUAGCGCUGUGACCCCGUACACAUCGUGGAAUGCCGCCGGCGACGGAUUCUGUGCUCGCAACCAACGCAAGCCCGCUUACAGCACUACCAUCAACCACAUGAAACCGGAGACUUGGCCUGAAAUCUGGGACCUGUACACCACGUUCCAGAAGAAGCCGGGCGCUCAGAAUACUGCCGUACUGAUCGAGCGUUACAAUCUGACCCAGGCGGCGGCCGUUCCCGCGGGCUCGACAGCGCUCCAGGAGGCUCUUCGCCGCGAGGCGUUUGCUCAGGCGAUUGUUAUCCCUUGGUACGAUGAUGCGACGUAUGAUGCGGAAGCGGAGGCUUUUGGUGCGAAGCUGAGAGGGAUCUGGAGUUAUUCGGCAAGCCCAACGGUGAAUCCAACAUAUAUCAACUUUGCUCAUGGUGACGAGCAGUUGCAGGCUAUCUAUGGGUCAGCUCUCACGCGGUUAAAGCAGCUCAAGAAGACCUGGGAUCCUACUGGGGCGUUCAGUCAGUGGUUCAUGAUCAAAUAAGCUGAGUGCUAAGCCAGGGGGUUGAGCAGUCAGUAGAGGGACGCGACGGUCACGGAUGGCCGGUAUUGCGCGAAUGUGAUUACAGAGAAUAAUAAAUCAAUAUUGACUUCCG